UCUGUCUCCCGCCGCCCCUGCCCGGGCCGCUGGAAGUGUCGCCCAGGAGGGUGCAGGGCGCUGGCGGGGCGAGCCGCAAGCAGGGCAGCGCGGCUCGGGGGUCGGCGGCAGGCGCGGUGCGUGCGCCCCCGGCCCAGCCCUCGGCCCCCCUCGGAGCCCAGGCAGCCCCGAUCCCCGCCGAAAGGCGUGCAGAGGCGCCGAGAGGGACGGAAACCACAAAUAAAUAGCGGCGGCAGCAGCGCGUCAUCUGGUGGAGCAGGAAGUGCAGGCAGAGUCCGGAGGCUGGUGCUGGCGGCGCGUCCCCAGGACUUUGCCAUGGGCUGGGGGCCGCGGCGGCUGCGAGCGGCCGGACCCGGGCAGCGGCGGCGGCGCCCACUGAGGGGCUGAGCGAGCAGCGACGCGCGGGCCGCCCGAGAUGGCAGCGUCCAGCAACUCCAGCCUGUCCGGCUCGUCCGUGUCCUCCGAUGCUGAGGAGUACCAGCCUCCAAUAUGGAAAUCUUACUUGUAUCAGUUACAGCAAGAGGCUCCUCGUCCCAAGAGGAUCAUUUGCCCGGGGGAGGUGGAAAACAGACCAAAAUAUUAUGGGAGAGAGUUCCAUGGGAUCAUCUCUCGGGAGCAGGCGGAUGAGCUUCUGGGAGGUGUGGAGGGUGCCUACAUCCUUAGAGAAAGCCAGCGCCAGCCAGGAUGCUACACAUUAGCUCUGAGGUUUGGAAACCAGACAUUAAACUACAGACUCUUCUAUGAUGGCAAACACUUUGUGGGUGAGAAGAGGUUUGAAUCAAUCCACGAUCUGGUCACAGAUGGCUUGAUAACGCUCUACAUAGAAACAAAAGCUUCUGAAUACAUAUCCAAAAUGACAACAAACCCCAUUUAUGAACACAUCGGAUAUGCCACCUUACUCAGAGAAAAAGUGUCCCGGAGGCUGAGCAGGUCUAAAAACGAAUCAAGGAAAACGAGUGUCACAAAUGAUGAACAUUCAGCAGUAGAAAAGCGCCGGGGAUCCAGCCCAGGGCUUCACACACACAAGAUCUCGUCCCUGGUCCGAAGGGCCGCCCUCACGCCAAAUGACAACCACUUCAACUAUGAGAAGACGCACAACUUUAAGGUCCACACGUUCCGAGGUCCACACUGGUGUGAAUACUGUGCCAACUUCAUGUGGGGGCUCAUCGCCCAGGGCGUCCGCUGCUCAGACUGUGGACUGAACGUACACAAGCAGUGUUCCAAGCACGUUCCCAACGACUGCCAGCCAGACCUCAAGCGGAUCAAGAAGGUAUACUGCUGUGACCUCACAACGCUUGUGAAGGCUCACAACACACAGAGACCCAUGGUCGUGGACAUGUGCAUUCGGGAAAUUGAAGAAAGAGGACUACAGUCAGAAGGCCUUUACAGAGUCUCUGGAUUCACUGAACACAUCGAAGAUGUUAAAAUGGCAUUUGACCGAGAUGGUGAAAAGGCAGAUAUAUCUGCCAGCAUCUACCCAGACAUAAACAUCAUCACUGGAGCGCUCAAAUUGUAUUUCAGGGACUUACCUAUCCCUGUCAUCACCUAUGACACCUAUUCCAAAUUUAUAGAAGCAGCAAAAAUCUCCAACCCAGAUGAGAGGCUGGAAGCCGUCCAUGAGGUGCUGCUGCUGCUGCCUCCUGCCCACUACGAGACCCUCCGAUACCUGAUGAUCCACCUUAAGAAGGUGACGAUGAAUGAAAAGGACAAUUUCAUGAAUGCUGAAAACCUGGGGAUCGUGUUUGGGCCCACGCUGAUGAGACCCCCCGAGGACAGCACCCUCACUACCCUCCACGAUAUGCGGUACCAAAAGCUGAUUGUGCAGAUUUUAAUAGAAAACGAAGAUGUUUUGUUUUAAUCCACCGGAGAAAUGAGAGGAAAGGCCCCAGACCCACUGAAGUUGAUAAGGCUACAGGAAAUAAACCAUUUCUUACACUUGAUUGGUUUUUCAAACAAGUGGCAGAAUUCCCAGGCCCACAGUGGCUACUGUGUCUCAUAGACACUCCCCUCCCCCGCAGGAGAACAGCAAGUGUGAGGGUGAGGAAAAGGCCACUGUCUUGGGUCUUUGCUGUGCUUCGUAUGUUUGCCUGUUUUGCUGGAAGAGUGAUGGAUCAACCUUUAACUUAUUGAAAAACACACACACGAGGUAGACCUUUAAACUUCAGUCUGGUCAGUAAUAAAAGGGAACUUAAUUCAUAGAGGUACUUGAUACAUUUUUCACUUACAAAAAGACAAUUCUGUAUGUUAAAUGUUAAAUGAAACUUAUAUUGUAAAAUGUAUUUUUAUGUUAGCUGCAAGAAUGUUACUUUAUUUUAGCAAAAUAGAACUCAAUGCAGUGCAUUGGUUAUUACCUGUGUACCUUGUCCUGCAUUCUUGCUGUGAUCCCGGAGAACGUUUACCGUAAAUGCAGUAUUAUCUUGACAUACCUCUGUCCUCUGCAGUGCUUUGCAAUGAAAUUUCACAUGCCACCCAUGUCUCAGCUUUCCAUAGUUGUUGCUGUUAAGCACUGGCAUUCUGCUACUGUAUGGUAUAUGUAGCAGCUGUAGGGUGGUCUAAAACCUCCAAGAUUCUCUUUCCAUAAAAAUCCUGUGGCAUCCCAAAGUAUGCUUUAGGAUUGAUCACAGUCUUUAUGUACCCUUUAUGUAUCUUCCAGACCAUGCAGAAUAUGGUCAUUUUACAGAAAAUGCUUUUGGAAUACUGGUUAUCUCGGGGCCCUUUGAAAAGUCAGCACUUUUCUGCAUUUCUUGUGGAGCAAGCAUUCUGAAUUCAUUUGUUAAUGGCAAGGAGUAAUUUUUUUUGCCACACUUCUGAAUUUGUAAAAAAUGAAUUUGCAGAAUAACUGUUGAUUUUUUUCAUUUUUGUUUUAUAAACAAGAUUAUUUUUAAAAUGAGAAUGAAUCAGUUUGAUUUUUACAAAUAUGUGUUUGUCCUUGAUAAGAGCAACACUGUAUAGAUAAUUUAAUGAUUUUAUUAUAACGGUCCCAUAUUAUUGAUUCUGUUUAUCUUAGCAUGAGAUUUUUACACCAAGAUUUCUAUAUUUUGUAACAUAAAUCUAAAAAUUUCUCUCUUAAAUUUGACAACAUCUUUCCCUCUGAUUGUCAGAGAUGAUUUAAUGUAACUUCUCACUAGUCUUGUUUUGGAGUGGUCAGAAAGCAAUUGCUGUAUGACGAGAGAGAGCACUGCAGGAGGAGUGUGGUGUGAUUGUCCCAGAAAGUCCCAAGGGCUGUGUGGAUGGACCCACUGGCACCCACGCCUCUCUGUGCUUCUGCCUGGUCCCUGCUCUUCUUGUUCCUGUUCUCUGUACAGAUUGUUGUUGUAGCUUAUGUAGCUUCUUGAUACUGUCAAAAAAAUUAUCUGGAAAUGGUUUUAUUUUGUGAAGUGAACAAUACUUUGUAAUUUAUGAUAGUGUAAAUGGAAGGAAAAGCAUUAAAUGUAUUAAAUUC